AUGCUGGGCUAUUUCGACCCUGAGAGCAAAAGAGUUAAAAAGUGGUUGAACCCAAAGGCUUUUGAGCAUCAGCAUACAGCGAGCCAGGAAGAUGGAGUUGUCGAUGACGUUCUCAAAACCUUGGACCCAGGCCAGCUGGAAGCUCUUGGCCUAGAUCCCUCUCUCUUAGUAACUGGAGCUGAGAAAGAGGAAAAUAUUGCUCCGAAAUCACUGCCCCAAGAUAAACAGCCUGUCUGCGAUCGAUGCCACAAUUUACAACAUUACAGCACCUCGAGCGACACAGCAAAGGUUGCUAUGUUCCAUCCCACCGUUGAGUCCUUGCGCGAAACCAUCGAGGAAUCGCCGCACAAGUAUAAUCACAUAUAUCAUGUCAUCGAUGCUGCCGAUUUCCCCAUGUCGCUCAUCCCUCGACUUAAUGUUCUCCUCGGCGACAUUCCAAUCAGGACACGCAAUCGAAGAUCACGAUCGGGCAAGUACCAAAAUGAUCGCAAGACAGAACUGAGUUUUAUCAUCACUCGCGGCGACCUUCUUGGCCCUACGAAAGAGAUUGUGGACUCAAUGAUGCCCUACCUUCGUGAAGUACUACGAGAUGCUCUCGGCCGACUUGGAGGCAGGGUUCGUCUUGGCAAUGUCCGAUGCGUUAGCGCAAAACGCGCUUGGUGGUGCACGGAGGUGAGAGAAGAUAUCUGGCAGCGCGGCGGUGCGGGGUGGAUGGUUGGAAAGGUCAACGUGGGCAAAAGUCAGCUCUUUGAGGCUGUCUAUCCCAAAGGCAGAAUGGGGCCAAGCAAGGAGGCUGGGAGGGCAUCAGUAUCAACAUAUCCUCGGGAUAGCGUCAGCGCGGAAUCGAUAUAUGCCGAACAGGUUGGAGAGCAAGAUAUGGAUGUUGGGGAAUUGCUUCCGCCCCCUCAGCCGGCUCAGAACUAUCCCGACAUGCCUCUGGUAUCCUCGCUCCCUGGCACAACAGCAUCCCCAAUUCGGGUACCUUUUGGAAACGGAAAAGGCGAAUUAAUCGACCUUCCUGGCUUGGCACGAAGCGACCUAGACUUGUUUGUGAAGGAGGAGUGCCGUCAAUCGAUGAUCAUGAAGAAGCGCAUUGUGCCUGAACAGGUUUCAAUGACGCCUGGCAAGUCCCUCAUACUAGGAGGAGGUCUCAUCCGCAUCACACCUAAGAACCCGGGCUUGGUCUUUCUGGCAUACAACUUUACACCCUUGGAGGAGCACCUCACUCAGACUGAGAAGGCUAUUGCUUUCCAGGAGCAGACACGAGAAUCCAUCGGUGUACCAAGUAUCAUGCUUCCUGGAAUUGGAGGCAAGAUGAAGCAUGCCGGAACAUUUAAGCUGUCUCACGAUGUCACCAGAAAAAGAGCUGGCCCUCUUACACGGAAGAAUGCGAUUGGGUUAAACGUCGACAGGCUUCCUUUCCGAGUGUUAUCGACAGACAUUCUCAUCGAGGGUGUGGGUUAUGUUGAGCUUGUUGCUCAAGUCCGCGCGCAGGAUGUUGCUAUGAAGGUAUUUCCAGACCAACAACCCCAAUUCGACGAAAGGGCCAAGCCGAAGCAGCUCGAUACGUCUGAUCCUUUUGCAGCCAUGAGGGCUCAGCGAAUAGAUGCAGGAACUCCGGCGGUGAAGAGGCGUAAGGAGCCUGAGCCUGUGACAGAACCUGGCUGGCCAGCAGUCGAUGUCUUCAGUCCUGAGGGGCGAUUCAUUGACUCCCGUCAACCUAUUCAAGGAUGGUUACAUAACAAGCCUCGUGUCUUGCCAGAACACAAGAGGAGUCGACCGCGAAGAAGUAUGAAGGGUGCCAAGAAAAAGGACAAAGCCGAAAAGAGAGUUGCGAUCAACUGA